ACGAAAGCUCGAACGCCACCAUAAAAUCGACCCUACCCGGAGACUAUUCCGCCGCGAGAACAUCUUCUAGAAUGAACAUGCGAGACUAAAGAAUUCAAAUUAGCAGAAAAGCUGGAAGAGACGAUGGAAAAGGAGGAAAGAACAGGGAGGAAGAACGUAGAGAGACGGUAAUCCUCCAUCGUCGACCGCGAAAAUCUUCCCGACACCAACCACAGCAAGAACCCAUUCGACCCGUUCCUGUUCAAUCCCGAUCAGAACAAGUUGUCGAUGCUGACCUAUCUUCCCCAAAGCCAAAUUUCAAGAUCGAUUUUCUCCCCUAUUAAAACAUAGCAAACCAAAUAUUCCCCAAAUCACCCUCUCAAAUCUCCCCAAAUCUUCUCCUAGCUCAAACCCAGAUAUGUAGCCUAUGAAUCCAAUCCAUGCGACUGAAGAAUAAGACCAUUAAAUGCUGGCAGCCGAGGGGAGAAGAAGAGAAAACCAUCUUCCACCGGCUCCGGGAUGCUUCAAUGCCGAUGUAAGGAUCGUUCCUCAAUACGGGGAAAUAUGUGAAUCGAAGAAUCGUCUUCGAUUCGUCACGAUCCAGUUUCUAAAGUCCCAAUCUCUCCGGCGCGGACACGAGUCGAGAUUGUUUCCGCCCUCCUCGGGAAAUCGACCAUGGAGGCCUCCGAAAAGCUAACAGGGACCUAGAAGCCGUCCCACCUCAUCCACCUAGUCAACCUCCGGUAGCAGGUCGAGCCGCCACUCUCCGACAUUUCUCUUGGAAACCUCCUCUGGAUCUCGUCAACGAAACACGACUCGGAAACAGACCAUCCAUCCAAGCCCUCAGAGCUUGAAGGAGAAGAGAUCCAAUAGAGAAUGAGUUAAUAUUUGGGAGCGUGCUCGACCGUCGCGCUUAGUAGCAGGCAGAGAGUGCUCGACCGUGGAGAUCAGAAGAGUGUCGGAGGAUGAGGAGAACCGAGGAGCGGAAUCGCCGGGGAAGGGCCUGGGUGGGCGGAGGAGAUUUCUCAGUUCCAUAACUAAUUUUUUGUAUUAUUUUUAUUAUAGAAAUGAGGUGGAAUUGUAAAAGAUUAAAUAAUAUCAUUUUUUAAUCGCCACGUCAUUUACUUAACGGUCAGUUAUGAGAGUUGACUGCCACAUCAGACAAUAAUUACAGAGUUGGGCGGAGAGUGACCAAAUUUGAAAUGUUGAACUAAUUCCAAUGAUCGCGAAUGGAAUUAAAUAUUUGUAGUGACCAUACGUGAAUCUUUUUAGUAAAUUCGGUGAACAAGGUUGCUAUUAACCCAUUGUGUUUAUUAUCUACUCUCUAAGCGUUAUAUGCAUUUGUUGUCUUCCUAAAUCCAAGUUGUGUAAAGUUAAACAAGUGAAUAUAGAUGGGCAUACGACAACAAUAUGGACGUGAAUAUAAUUAUGAUAAAUUAUUAGUUAUUUUUGUGUAAUUGAAGAGAGUAGAUCCACCUUGUCCUUAGCUUCUUAUGAUAAGGGAACAAAAAGCGAUAUGCUUUAUGGGCAAAGGAAGAUCAUUUGCUUUUUCUAUUGUGGGGGAUAUUGAAAGCAGGAGAGCCACAUAUACCUAAAAAAAGGAAAGAGUGCCCAUUACAUAAAAUAGGCUUCGAAAGAGUGGAAGUGUGGGCACGUUAGGGAUAGAUUAAGAUUAAUUAAUCAAAUAGUUAAUUAACUUGGGGGUUUAAUUAUUGAAAGUUGGUGUCCGGGGGAUUUUAUUUUAUAUUUAUCAUUAGUCAGGAACGGAUCAGGAUUCAUUUAAGAUCUAAUAUUGGAUAAAAAGGGAAAUGCAUUGUUAAAAAAAUGACUAUUUAUUAGUCCAUUUUUUUAAUUUUUUUUUAUUAGUCAAACCUAUUUAAAUACUAAAAAUUAACUAAAUGUUAACUUUUCGUUAGCAAUUUUGUUAGUAAUAUUGAUUCGAUAACAGGGUAAUUGGCAUAAAAUGUCACAAACCUAUUCACUUUGUACAAAGCGGUCACAAACCUUUCUAUUUGAACCUAACUGAGUGUAGGAGUGAGAUUCAGGUAAAAAGGGGUCGAGGAGAAUGAGUAACAGGAACCGGACGGGGGCUUCAGAAAGAAAGAGGGAAGAGGUGGAGCUCAGAGAGUAACUUGUAGAGAGAAGUCUGUUCUUUUCGUAGAGAGAGAGUUUCCAAAAAUCCCAUCUCCUUCACCCACCGGAGUAAAUGCUCUAUUUAUAGGCUACAUGGUGGUGGGUGCGUUACCUGGUGACAUGACCAUUGACAUGUCAGAAGUCUAGACCAUACCUCUACCUAGGACAAGUACAUUUAGCAUUUUAUUAUACCUAAGACUAGGACUAGGACUGUGAUGUGACCACUCGAUGGGUGAGACGCGGCGUCGUUUUCCCACACUCGCUAACUUGGUCAACGCUGGACUCGAACGUCAUCGGUCGGUGCUCGGGCUGUCUUUGGUCGCGUCGGUGCUGGUGCGCGUGACGCUCUUGGUGGUGGAGUUGUCGCGUUUUGCCAGUGCUAGCGCGCCUUAUUCUCAUGUUGUUGGCACCGUCGCGCUUCGCCGGUGCUAGCACGCCCGAUCUUCGCGUUGAUGGUGUUGCCGUGCUUUACUGGUGCUAACGCGCCCGACUCUCAUGGUUGUGGGACCGGAGUGCUUCCUUGGCGCAGCGUGAUCCGAGUCACAUGCCCAACACUUUCAUUUUGUACGUUUUAGUAACAUACGUUUGAGAGAAUAACGAAAUGGUCAUUCCGUCUAUCACCAUCCAAAAAAUCGUUAGUUUGGUCCAGUCAUCACGCCACGUCACAUAAAAUUUUAGUAAAAAAUUAGUGUCCAACCUAAUUGAACCGGACAAUCCUGAUUCUAUACUCACCCACCUAAAAACCCUAAUUGAAGGGAGUGAUCGAGAGUAUAAUCCGUCUCCGACAUCAUCGUUGGUCGGGAAUGAUAGCGAUGGUUGCGGGGGAAGGGAGGAGGCAGAUGAGAAGGAGGUGGAGAUCUCGUUUAGAGGAAGGGCGUUGGAUGCUCUGGAACAAACCCUCCAUUUGCAUUUCGAUUGUAGGAAGCUUUUACCGUUCAAAACUUGUCUUUAUUUUGCUUGGAAACUUGUCUUUUCAUUCCAAUCGGGGGAGGGUUCUUGUUCAAAUUCACCCUCCUCUUCAGGUGAUGUGGCGGUGAUGUGGCGCGUUGACCGUUAGUCAAGACGUUUGACCGUCCAAGUUAACGAUCAAACGUCGGGUUUGGCCAAUUUAUUUAUUUUGAUGUAUAAUUUGGGCCAGAAUGUUAUAGAUCGAAAAGAUUGACCAGGAUGUUUAUUUUGGUCAAGCGUUGCGUCGGAUAAGCGCGUCACAGGAGGGAAAUCAAAAUAAACGAAAAGGGAGGCGUGUGGGUUUGGGCCUCUGGUGUAACAUUGCUCUGCUAUUCUCGAGAGUAACUGGCCUAUCGACAUGGCCCUGUAAGCUGGAGGAACAAAAAAACUUCUCUAGGAGUACAACGCGUGACAUUAGGGUGGACAACUGCUUCGGUAAAUUCUAAUUGAACCGAACUGAAAUCGAAUUAAACCGAACCAAAACCAAAAUAAUGCUAUUCAGUUUGAAAUUUGGAAGGAAAAUAUGAAUAGUUUGGAAACCAGGUUUAUUUUAAACGAAUUGAAUUUCUGAAUUUCCGAUCGAAAAAUCGAAUUACUAUAAUUGCAGGCUCCAAAUGGUGGAUUUUUAUGUUUGUACUUGGUUUGAGACUUAAAUAUUUGAAUCAUGUUAGUGUUUUAUGACUUAUGUGUUGAAUUGUUUGAUUUUAUCAUUGAUAAUGCAUAUUUAUUGUUUACAUUAGGGGUGAAAAAUAAUUUAAAAGGGAGAAGAUACAAGUAUUCUCACAAAUUCGGUUUUGUGUGAAAUUUUGAACUGAAUUGAAUUAUAAUUCGGUUUAAAUCGACCAAACCAAAUUAUAAUUUGGUUCGAGGUUUGGUGGAAUUCGGGGACCCGGUAUGUGUAAUUUCGGUUCGGUCGAAAUCGAACCGACCGAAUGCCCACCCCCUACAUGACAUGCACGUAAGAGAUGGCAACGAAUCCGAUCAGGAUGGAUAGUGUAAAUCUUAUCCUAUCUAAAAUAUUUCCAAUUUUAUUCAUAUUCAUACCCACAUAAGGUAGAAAUCAAAGUCAUGUUUAGGGGUGGGCAUGUGGGUGGGUAAUCCGCGGUUUGACAUCGACUCACCCGCAAAUAAACCAAACAGUAGUGAAUGGGUGAUUGAUGUGGGUGGAUUGUGAGUUGAUAAAUCUCCUACCCGCACUUAUCGGGUGGGUGAUGGGUGGGUCACGGGUCACCCAAAUGAUCUGCACCCUAUCUUUACAUGAAAAAUAGUUGUUUCUUAUUUAUACUAACGAAUAUUCAUCAUACUUCUCAACCGACACUAAACACUAACCAUCGAAUUCUAAAGAUAAAAAAUAAAGAAGAUU